AAGACCUACAUUUUUCAACGGCGUUAACUCUUUUCCUUACAAUUUCUUUCCCCAAUUUUGCCCUAAUUCCAUAAUUCCCCCCUCGAUUCCCAAUUCCCCCAUCUUCAUCGUCGAUUUCAUCUGAAAUUUCACCACUCAACCGCCGAUCAUCUCUACACUCUCUAUAUCAUCCUCCAAUUUUGAUAUAUUCCUCAAAUCCCUAAGUUUUGAGACAGUCAAACAGUUGCAAUUGCAGUAGCAGUGUUACUAAGUAUACAUAAUGGCGAAAGGGAAGCUUAUAUUGAUCUGUCAAUCUGGCGGAGAGUUUGUGACAAACGAAGAUGGAACCAUGUCUUAUAAAGGAGGCGAAGCAAAUGCAGCAAAUAUCACUUCCGAGACUCCGUUCAACGAUUUGAAAUUAAAUUUGGCGGAAACAUGUGAUUUGAACCAAGAUACACUAAAUGUAAAGUAUUUCCUUCCUGGAAAUAAACGAAACUUGAUUACCGUAAAGAACGAUAAAGAUCUAAAAAGAAUGAUCGAGUUUCAUGGGGAUGCAAUAACAGCUGAAGUGUUUGUUUCCGGAACGCCUGGUUUUAAUCAUAUGAAGAAUGAUGAGGCUGUGGAUGAUGAGAACAUAGAGCAAGUCAAAGCGGGUCCCAAAAAGAAUAAGAAGCCGAAAAAAGAAGAUAAGGUGGUUAAGAGUCCUAUCGUAACACCAGCUAGGACGCCACGACGAUCUGCUGCUGCUGCUAAAAUUGAUGCAUCAAAAGAAAAAGAAAUACCAAAACGAAAACCGAAACAAAAAACCGUUUCGAGUGAUGAUAGUAAGUCAGAGGGUUCCACUAGUGAUUCUGAGCAGGACAACGUGACUGUUGACUCGGAUAUAAGUUCUGACUAUGUGCCUAGUCGGUAUUCAAAACGGAAAACGGUCAACACGAGCCCUGCUGAUGGUGUCAAGAAGCGAAGGCGGACCCCGACUUGGAAAAUUGGUGCCGAUGGUCGUCCCACCAUAGUUUCUGGUUAUGUCGGGUCAAACUCUAGGGGUAGUUCGGGAAACGAAAAGUCACAAAGAAAGAGCGGUAGGUUAGCUGCUAAACGAGUUGAUUUUCAUGAACAUGAUGAUUUCGCGGGACCCUCUUCUGACGAUGACAUGUCACCCGAAACUUUAGUUUCAUCGUGGAAGUCAGCCGUUACCGGUGCUGGUCAACAAUUCACAGACGUGCACGAGUUCCAAGAAACGUUGCAGAAAUACGCGAUUGCAAAUGAUUUUGAUUUCAAGCUCAGGAGAAACGAUAAAAGCCGUGUCGUUGGUGAAUGUUCUUCUGAAGGGUGUUCUUGGAAGUUUAAUGCUGUGUGGGUCCCGUCUACAGAAUCGUUUAAGAUACAGACUAUGAACAAUGUACAUACAUGUGAUAAACAAUCGAAGAACUCGUUGUUAGAUACCAUAAAAGAGAAGCUGCGAGAUUCGCCACAUCUAAAACCGAAAGAAAUUGCUAAGGGGCUUUUGAAAAGGCUCGAGUCAAAGUCAAAGUCAAACCAUACACAAGUAAUUCCUGGAACCGUGAUUUCGCGUGAACAAUUUCAUGGAUCGGAUAAAGACGCGUAUAAUAAGCUACCAUGGUUUUGUGAGAAGAUUAAGGUAACAAAUCCCGGCAGCAUCGCGAAUCUUGUUAUCGAUGAGAAUAAACGAUUUAAAGCGCUAUUUGUGUCGUUUUACGCGUCGUUAUGGGGCUUUCAGAACGGUUGUCGGCCUCUUCUUUUUCUAGAAGCUACUUCUUUGCGAUCGAAAUAUGGAGAAGUUUUGAUUACGGCUAACGCCAUUGAUGGAAACGAUGAGUUCUUCCUAGUUGCAUUUGCUAUAGUAGACGUUGAAGAUGAUAACAACUGGCGUUGGUUCUUGGAACAACUGAAAGCUGCAAUCGUGAACACACAACAACCGAUCACGUUCGUGUUCGAUAGAGAAAAGAAUUUGAAACCGUACAUCGUUGAAGUUUUUCAAGAUUCUCAUAUCGGUUACUCAAUUUACCAUCUUUUAGAAAGCUUCAAGAGAAACGUUAAAGGUCCGUUUCACGGGGACGGUAAAUCUUUUUUACCGGCUUAUUUGUUGGAUGCCGCACACGCGAUCCGUCCUGCUGGUUUUAAAAAGUUAACCGAACAGAUGAAACAAAUAUCAGCCGGAGCGUAUGAUUGGGUCAUGCAGAUUGAACCGCAACAUUGGACCGCUUCGUCUUUCAAAGGCGAACGGUAUAAUUACAUCAAGGAUGAUGUCAGCGAGCCGAUUUCGAAGUUAAUGAAGGAUUAUCGAGAGUUACCUAUUUUACAUAAAAUCGACGCCAUCAUACGUACCAUGAUUGACGGCAUCGAUGAUGCUAAGUUUGACGGAAGCAUGUGGUCUACGCAUCUAACUCCAUCAAAGGAGAAACAACUUCAAGAAGAAAUUGCUAAAUCGCGCGGUUUAAAAGUGUUGAUAUCUUCAGAUACGUUGUUUGAGGUUCGUGAAGAUUUGACACACGUUGUGAAUAUCGGAAAUUGGAGUUGUACGUGUUUAGGGUGGAAAGAAACGGGCUUACCGUGUCGUCACGCGCUUGCGGUUUGUACGGCAACCGGUAAAAACAUGUAUGAGUUUUGCUCGAAUGAUUUCACUGUCGAUGCUUAUCGCUUAACCUACGUGGAGUCCAUAACCCCAGUACCGAUUGACAAAGAUGAAGGUGAAAAUGAACAAGAUUUGAAAGUUCUAACUGCAGGGGGUGAAAAAGAACAAACUUUGAAAGUUGAAACUGCAGGGGGUGAAAAUGAACAAGCUUUAAAAGUCGGGGGUGGGAAUGAAGAAGUCGGUGAAAAGGUAGAAGUUGUAGAUGAGAAGGGUGAAGAAAAGAUGGAGAUUGAGGUUGAGGUUGAAACUACAGGGGGUGAAAACGAAGAAGGGGGAAAGAUAGAGGAUGAAAAGGAGGAGGUUGAGAUUACAGGGGGUGAAAAUGAAGAAGGGGGAAAGAUGGAGGGUCAAAAGGAAGAGGUUGAGAAAGAUGAGGGUGUGUUUGUGCUUCCUCCAAUACCUGCAAAACCAGUUGAUGUAAUGGAAGAGAAAAUGGAUUGGGAUGAAACAGAUAUGGAAACAAAGAGAACAGUAACAUGCACAAAAUGCAAGCAGCCUGGGCAUAAUAAGAAGUCUUGCGAUAUGUACCAGGCGCCGCAAGCUUGUUGACUUUGGUUGACUCGAGUUGUUAAGAAUUAACUAUAGGCGCUUUGGUCUCUUUGUUGAUAUGCGUCUUGUUUGAACUUAGAAAGUCUUUGUUUGAAAAUAUUUGGUUGGAUUGAUAUAUGCCCUUGAAACGUAGCCCUUGUGAAUUGAAUCGUCGAUGUGUUUGAGAGA